ACCGAUGUGACCUUGCUCGCUUCCAAACAGGCGUAGUUUUUGUAUGAAAAAUGGAUCACCUGUACCCCAAGCUUACUCCAUAUGAGUUCGACUACACAACUGAUAUAAACAAGAAAAUGAGAGUACCAGAAAAACUCUCCUACGACUCUGAUAACUCUGGUACGCUAAGUGAGGGUCACGAUGUGUCUUUCCGCAAUUAUCCAGUUGCUGAUAUAAUUCUUGACGCAAAACGUCCGUCAGAGAACACACCAGGAUACAGCCCAGACAUUCUCAAUAACAGUGAUCUCAAAUCGAAGGUCUUUUGCAGUGCUCAAGCUCAUGCUUCUUCUCAAGUCAAUCAAGACGAGGCUUCAGCUAGCGCUAAUGCUCAUGCCGGCGUUGUCUGUGAAACAUCAUGUCAUCGAAGUAAAGAACGCCUUCGUCUGGCCAAACCCUCAUCUCAGUCUAGUGUGGAUCAACAGUACUUAUCAACUGUUGAACAGAAUCUUGUCAAACUUGAAGAGAGAAUCUCUCAUUUGGAAUUUCAACAAGCUAUAUUCAAGGGUGGAUUAA